GUGACCUCGCAGACGGUCUGUCUCACGAGCUGCUGGUUAACCGUCCCCUGCUUGUUCAUCAUGGCUGCUUCAAAACCAGUGGAGCCGCAGUCCGGGACUGGAUUACCCCGCUGGCAGCUGGCACUGUUAGUCGGGGCCCCAAUAGUUUUGGGAGUUGGGGCGGUUUACCUGUGGAACCGCAGCAGGACGAAGGAAAAUACGAAAGGAGAGCGGAAAACUCCAGAAGGUAGCGCCAGUCCUGUGCCGGGCCAAGACGGCGCCGCCCGAAGCAGAGAGCCCGAGAUCACGAGUCCUCUGGAUCGUGCCCAGGCAGCUAAAAACAAGGGAAACAAAUACUUCAAGGCUGGGAAGUAUGAGAAUGCCAUACAGUGUUAUACAGAGGCCAUUUCCCUUUGCCCCAAUGACCAAAAGUCUGACUUAUCAACAUUUUACCAGAACAGAGCAGCAGCGUACGAACAGCAGAUGAAAUGGGCAGAAGUGGUUCAGGACUGCACUCAAGCUGUUGACCUGAAUCCACGCUACAUCAAGGCGCUGUUCAGGAGGGCCAAAGCUCUGGAAAAACUGGACAAAAAGAAGGAGUGCCUUGAGGAUGUCACAGCUGUAUGUAUUCUUGAGUCUUUCCAGAACCAAAAUAGCAUGAUGCUGGCAGACAAGGUGCUCAAGCACCUGGGAAAAGAGAAAGCCAAAGAGAAAUACAAGAACCGUGAACCGAUGAUGCCUUCUCCUCAGUUCAUCAAGUCCUACUUUAGCUCAUUCACAGAUGACAUCAUCUCCCAACCGCUGCAGAAAGGGGAAAAGAAGGAUGAAGACAAAGACAAGGAGGGCGAGACAGCUGAGGUCUCUGAGAGUUCUGGUUACCUGAAGGCUAAGCAGUACAUGGAAGAGGAGAACUAUGACAAAAUCAUCAGUGAAUGCACCAAGGAGAUAGAUUCAGGUGGUCGAUACACUGCUGAGGCCCUCUUGUUACGUGCUACAUUCUACCUGCUGAUUGGUAAUGCUACAGCUGCCCAGCCCGACUUGGAUGGGGUAAUCAACAUGGAGAACACCAGUGUGAAGCUACAAGCAAAUGCUUUGAUCAAACGUGGAAGCAUGUACAUGCAGCAACAGCAGCCUAUGCUGUCUACACAAGAUUUCAACAGGGCAGCUGAGAUUGAUGCACGUAAUCCUGAUGUUUAUCACCACAGAGGUCAGCUCAAGAUCUUGCUGGACCAGGUUGAUGAGGCGGUGGGAGACUUUGACGAAUGCAUCCUGCUCAGGCCGGACUCUGCUCUAGCCCAGGCACAGAAAUGUUUUGCCCUUUACAGACAAGCAUAUACUGGAAACAACCCAUCGCAAGUACAGACAGCCAUGGAUGGAUUCGAGGACGUUAUCAGAAGGUUCCCAAGGUGUGCAGAAGGAUACGCUUUGUAUGCUCAGGCUUUGACUGAUCAGCAACAGUUUGAAAAAGCAGACGAGAUGUACGACAAAUGUAUCGAACUGGAACCAGACAAUGCAACUACAUAUGUCCACAAGGGUUUGCUACAGCUUCAAUGGAAACAAGACCUGGAUCUAGGUCUCGACCUGAUCAGCAAGGCAAUUGAGAUUGACAACAAAUGUGACUUUGCCUAUGAAACUAUGGGAACCAUUGAAGUUCAAAGGGGGAAUCUUGACAGGGCAAUAGAAAUGUUCAACAAGGCAAUUAACCUCGCCAAAUCGGAGAUGGAGAUGGCCCAUUUAUACUCGUUAUGUGAUGCAGCAUAUGCCCAGACAGAAGUGGCCAGGAAGUAUGGGCUGAAACCACAGACACUGUAAUUUGUCUGCCAACUGAUCACCAAUCAAUGUCUUCAUUGCUGAACUUGAUUACAGUAUAUGUUAAAAUGUAACUGACUUGUUUUGAUUUGUAAAAAAAAAAAAACAUUUGAAGACAUAAUCCUGGAUUGUUAAUAGUUGGGGAAAAAAGGAAAAAUCCCUGAAUAUAUCGCAUGUUUACAUCACAAUAAAGUGGUUUGCUGUUUUGGAAGGAAGGAUUUGUAUUCUUUUUCAAGUCGAGGCUGUGAUCCAGGUCUGUGGUGUUCUAGGGGUAUGAAUGAGAGCCUUCUGACACUUAACUCAGCCGGAGUGUCACUGUCAGUCCUUUUUAUUGUGGACUUGUCUAAAUUAUUAGUCAUUUCCAUGAUCUAUGUAAAGCGAAUACUUGUUUGAGACUUUGAAAUGUACGUACAAGACAAUACUGUGAGAGUUCCAGUGGACCAUUUGGCUGUUGAUUUAUGCUGAGCUGAAGGGUUUUUUUUGUUGGUUGUUUUUGGGAGGGUGUUUUUAUUUAACUUUCAUAUUUUAAUGUACAUCAGUUCUAAAUGAAAGAUUAAAGUUAUGGUAAAAGGUUUAAGUGUUUGUAAUGCUGGAAUUGAUCACAUUUAAGGGGCUACAUAACUCCCCAGUGUUUUUUUUUAUUUUUUUUAAUAUACGCGUAUAUAGAUUUUGCCUCUUCUUUUUUACAUAUAGUACUUUGUGCAGCAUGUGCACUUUAUGAAUAAUUAUAUAUGCAGUGCUUUUAGUUUUGACUUUAGAGUCACAGACUUUUUUAGCUAAAGUUCCUUAAUCUUAGUUUUUUAUUCCAAAAUGUAAUUUUAUGUUAUUUUUUUGAGACUAUUUGGUUUAAUCUUUACACAGACUUGUUUGGAGACGGGUUGGUAUUCUCAUCUGUCUUGGGGCUCUCUUUUUCAAACUAAUUCAUAACACAGACCUUAUUGCUUAGCAAUUGCAUUGACAUUCUAAGAUUCAUGCAGUGACCAAAGUUGAAAAAAAUAAAGUUAUAAUUCCUGUAAUGAUGA